CCCUGCCUGUGCGUGUCCGCGGCGAAGGGCUCCAGCAUCACUGCGCAGGCGAUGGAGCGAAUGUAGAGAAAAUAUCAUCGGGAGAAAAAAAAAAGGAAAAAACUUACUAGUAAUCGCGGGACAAGUUUUUCUGCGUCGGCACUUUGCGAUGAGGGAAGGACGAUGUGACGGCGUGGAUUCUGUUUUGCGCCGCUGUGGAGCACGGACCGUCACACUGAGAGAAAUAAUAAUGCGGAGUAUUUCCCCCAUGUAGGUGUUAACGCAGAAAAUACAAGAUGAAGAAGCAGUUCAAUCGGAUGCGACAGCUCGCCAACCAAACGGUGGGGAGGGCAGAAAAAACAGAGGUGUUGAGCGAGGACCUUCUGCAGGUGGAGAAGCGUCUGGAUCUGGUCAAGCAGGUGACACACAGCACUCACAAGAAGCUCACUGCCUGCCUGCAGGGUCAGCAGGGCACUGACGUGGAGAAGAGGUCCGUCAAGUCACCGUCUAAGAAACUACCACUGACGAUCCUGGCACAGUGUUUGGUAGAGGGGGCUGCAGUGUUGGGAGAUGACUCUCUCCUGGGGAAGAUGCUGAAGAUGUGUGGGGAGACCGAGGAGAAGUUGGCCCUGGAGCUCAUCCAGUUUGAGUUCCAGAUAGAGAGAGACGUGGUGGAGCCUCUCUACGUGCUCGCCGAGGUGGACAUCCCCAACAUCCAGAAACAGAGGAAGCACUUAGCGAAACUUGUCCUGGACAUGGACUCCUCACGGACAAGAUUUCACCAGUCGUCCAAGUCGUCCAGUCACCCGAGCACGCUGCAGCCAGGCGCCAAGGCCGAGUCCCUCAGAGAGGAGAUGGAAGAGGCGGCCAAUCGGAUGGAGAUUUGCAGGGAUCAGCUGUCAGCAGAUAUGUACAAUUUUGUGGCCAAAGAAAUAGACUAUGCAAAUUAUUUCCAGACACUGAUAGAAACACAGGCAGAAUAUCACAGGAAGUCAUUAGAAAUUCUUCACAGCAUCCUGCCCCAGAUUAAAGCUCACCAAGAGGCGUGGGUGGAGAAGCCGUCUUACGGCAAGUCUCUGGAGGAUCACCUGAACAUUAGUGGUAGAGAGAUUGCCUUCCCCAUCGAAGCCUGUGUCACCAUGUUGCUGGAGUGUGGCAUGCAAGAGGAGGGCCUCUUCAGAGUGGCUCCGUCAAACUCCAAGCUGAAGAAGCUGAAAGCUUCGCUGGACUGUGGAGUUCUGGAUGUGCAGGAGUACUCGUGUGACCCGCACGCCAUCGCAGGGGCUCUGAAGUCCUACCUCCGUGAGCUCCCCGAGCCACUGAUGACCACUGAACUUUAUGAUGAAUGGAUUCAGGCGUCCAACAUUCAAGAUAUGGACAAGAGGCUCCAAGCAUUAAAUGCAGCGUGCGAGAAACUCCCCACAGACAACUCCAACAAUUUCAGAUAUCUAGUGAAAUUCUUAGCUAAGCUGAGUGAGUAUCAAGACUCGAACAAGAUGACUCCCGGUAACAUGGCGAUCGUCCUCGGUCCUAACCUGCUGUGGACACACACCGAACCAAACAUCACGGAGAUGAUGACCACCGUGUCCCUGCAGAUUGUUGGCAUCAUUGAGCCCAUUAUCCAGCAUGCUGACUGGUUCUUCCCUGGAGAGAUUGAAUUCAACCUGACCGGCUGCUACGGCAGCCCCAUCCACACCAACCACAACUCCAACUACAGCUCCAUGCCCUCCCCGGACAUGGAGCAGUCGGAGCGCAAGCAGCAGCACGACCAGAGCCGACGCCCACUGAGCGUCGCCACUGACAACAUGAUGCUGGAAUUCUACAAGAAGGACGGCAUUAGGAAGAUACAAAGCAUGGGCGUCCGGGUCAUGGAUACCUCCUGGGUGUCGCGUAAGGGUUCGUCCACGCUGACGCGCAAGACCUCCUCCACGCCUCCCGGUUUGCAAGGGCCCGGCUCCCCCGCAGACACACUCAUCCCCGAGCAGCCCGGCGAGCUCACCACCUCCCCGUCCGCGACACCGCCCCCUGCAGAAAGGUUCUGCUCAGACAACGUGUCGCCCAAUCGGCCGGACACCUCUCAUGCCCACCCACCCCCAGGGGAGGACCGGCCGCCCCCCCCUUACCCCAUCUCCUCGUGCCACUCUCUCCCCCACCACUUCUAUCCCAAACCCCCGCCCUGCGCUCGCCCCGUGGCACCGGGUCCAGAGUCCCAGCCCCCCGCCUCACCCCCGCCCCCGAUGCGCUGGUCUGGCUUCACGCCCCCCGCCCCGCCCCCCUCCUCCUCCUCGUCCUCCUCCUCCUCGUCACUUGACAUCAAUUCGAACCCCAAACCCAGCUGCCUGCAUUUCCCCAAGCACAGUCCGCCUGGCGACAUGUCGCAUGCGCCCCCGCCAGAUGCUAAUGCCUCACCACUCUACAUCAAAACCCCCUUGGCACUAACUCGCCACGACCAGUCCUUUGGCAACCCCCCUAGCCUCCCUUCGUCCGCACCCCCGCCCCCGCCGUGGGCUGCCUGUCCAUGUGUCCGAGAGAGAGGACCCCCCAGGCUGACUAGUUCAUUGAAGAGUAAAGAGCUCUCCCCUGUAACUGGACACAAAGGCAUCCAGGUGGCAGGUCCAACAGUCCCUCCCAGCAGCAGCAGCCCGCAGAGCAGCAGCCAGUCCCCCCACUCCACGGAGCACAGUCCCCACACCCUGCACAAAGGUUCCAAGAAGCUGGCCCCUGUCCCUCCCAAGGUCCCUUACGGCCAGUCAGGCGGGAUGUCCGACCAGUCCACAGGUCAGCCGUCACCGGUCAGCCUGUCUCCCACACCACCUAGCACCCCUUCCCCUUAUGGACUGGCCUGCCCUCCAGGGCUAGUGCCCCCAUCCUCACCUGGGCAGACCCCAUUUGGGGCGCCCCACUCCCUCUCCUCCCCUCCCUCCCUGACCGGAACGCUCACCAAGUCUCGGCCCACCCCUAAGCCCAGGCAGAGACCUAGCCUGCCCCCUCCUCAGCCGCCCACAGUCCCUCCUGGGCUCACUGGCCUGGCCAUGGCCCCAGUUCCCCAGCCCCUGGAGCAGGGCCUCCUGGAUGGACUGUCUCCUGGGGAGAGCAUGUCUACAGAUAUCUUCAGUUAUGAAAUCCCCUCCAUCAAUGUCAAUCUGGACAGCCUCAUCGAUGAGUUCAGCGGUGCCCCCUGCAGGAGGUCCCGGGCAGUGACAGACUCUCCAGAGGGAGACGCUGUGCCUGAGGAGGAGCCCCAGAGCACCACUCUAUGACCUAUGACCCCAAGGCAUCGCAGCUUACCAGCACCCCUGUGGCUGUACAUACUCUUAGCUGACGCCGCCGAGGCCUGAUGGAAACACCACUUGGCCUCACCAAUGCCCACCUGAAACCAGAACUCAGACCCUCCCUCACAUCGGCUACAGGCUGCAAAGAACCUCAUCUCUCACAACUGCUCGCUAGAACAUAAAUGUGACAACAACAAAAAAACACCAAAAUGCCAUAGUGGAGGAACAGUUGCCUUUAGGAGGAAAGACUGGAAUAUAAAUGAGUAUUACACUGAAAGAUGUUUUCAGUUUCUUUUUUUUCUUUUUUUUCUGCCUUGCUUUGUUGGUCUUGUUUGAUGCAGUGGUCUGCAUAUUCUGUGCACUUGUUCAAUUUCUUAAUUUUUUUUUUGCCUUAGAACAUGCAAUCAAAUUGCAAUAUGAUAUUCACAAGUUGUGCAACUCUUCGGUUAGGGAAACUCAGAGCCUGACGUGGUUAGGAGCAAUGCCCAUCCUCAGGGUGAAACAGAGUGACGGAGAGAGAGAGAGAGAGAGAGAAUAAUCUGCUUUUAUUGCUGACAGGGUAUUCAAGCUUUGUGCACAUUGAGGAACAUGCUGAGCCCGGCAGGUUUCGCAUGAAAGAUGAAACAUUUGAUUCUUAUUGUCGCACCAGGUUUUGAUCCCCCCUCCCCCCCCCCCCUCCUCUAUCACUUUCAUUCACUUUAAAACCAGCACAGUAUGAGAAGAAUGUGAUUGUAAAUUCAAGUUUCAUCUUUUAUUCAGUUAAGAAAUAAAGAGAAAAAAAAGCACCAAUAUGUGUUUUGCAUGAAAAGCCGAUACGAUCAAACAGUUUCGGCGUCGAGGGCCUCGGAACGGCAGUGUGUUUAUUUUGCGCGAGUGUUUUUGCUGUUGUCGUCCUUGGAGGUGUUACUUUAGAUCAAUCAUGUGAUGUAUCAGUUUGAUGGUUAUGGAUGGAUGGACUACACUGCCUUUAGGUUCACGUGAUUCUCUCUCUUAACCUUGUUUCAAGUGCUUCAGGUUCAGUGACCUUUGACCCCGUGUGUAAAUACAAAGACUGUACAUAAAGCGAUGUACAUAAAUCUGAGAGGUAAAGUAUAUGUAAAAUGCAUAUCUUGAAUAUAUAUAUAAUGAUAAUAUAUGUGCUGAUAUUUAUCUGGUGUAGAAAAUGUAAUGAUUAAAAAAAAUGUGAUGUUAUUUUUGUCCCUGCACACGAUGAACAGGUCUAUUGUAGAUUCAUAGUCUUUCACUUUGACACCAGGUAACUAAGAUGCUGCAGCAGAAUCGCAGAGAGUUAUUUCUGCUAGGAAUCAAAUCUUUCUAUUUCUGCCUCUUGCGCUUUGACUUCAGACAUGCUGGGGUGCUAAUCACACCAAUGCGCUAUCUUUUCCUCUUUUUUGAAUCCGCUACGAUAGAUUCCUCUGUAAAUAAUCAGCUUGGCCAUGCAUAAGGUCCCGCUUGGACCUUUUAAUUCAUCCGUAAUGAGGCAAAACAUUUCUAAGCCUGUAUUGUAGGACUGACUAGAACUGAUUAGAAAUCGAAUUUGGCUCAUUGGCUGUAUCUCCGUCUAAAUUUCAAAAAAUGUUUCGCCACAGACAAGUAAUUAGAGACGUCAGAAGACAAAUGCUGCAGUGUCACUUUUUUAAUUUCACACAGAAUGUCCUAGGAAAAUAAUUUUGUCGAUUUAAGUGCAAUUACAGUGUUUACUGAUCCACCUCAGUCCAAAAAAAGUGGUCAAAGUCACCCUAACCCCAAAACCUUCAGAAAAAAAGCCAUUAAUUCUAUUUUAAGAGGUUGUUUUUCUUUCCGUGUGAGUUUUCUGCUUUAAGAAAUGAUUUCUAGAUUAACCUCUCUCCUGAAUGGAUCCAUGGUAUGCCUCAGUGUGUAUAUGUUUAUGAAGAUAUUGGUGGCGUUGAUGAUUCUGUUGAUAGCUGUGGUGAUUAUAUGACAAACAAUUGCAAGUGCCCUCACACUGGUUGUUAUUUUGGAACUAUAGGCAUAAUAGAGGUUUUAUUGUCUGUGCUGGAUCCAUAGAUUUAUACGAGGAGGCCGGGGUACCUCUGAAUGUGACCCACUCAGAUUUCAAACGGUCGGGUACCUGCUUUUGUAACCGCUAACAGGACAAACGGGAGCUAGUUUUCUGGGGAUGAAAGUUAAUUAGGGCCUGUUGGCAUGUGUUGUUAUCAGUGCAGGGCUGUAUUACUGUAAUGCUUUUGUGCAUCAUAACUGGAACUUACAGCCACCUAAAAGCAUGCAUUCAUAUUCAUUAUAGGUGUGAUUAUUACGCUGCUGAAGAGAGAAAAAAAAACGUCUGUAUAUCCUCCCCCAAAACACAAGUCAUAAUCACAUCUUAUCUUGUUUCAGCCAGUAAACUGAUUUUACUGUCAUGUCUGAGAGUGUUAUUCAUAGGAGCCACAUUUUGCACCAAAGUAGUGCACUGUUCCGUAGUUUUAUUGAGCAUUUGAAAUGCUGUAUAGGCCUAUAUUUCCUAUCUCACCUCACCACCAAGUGUGUUGGUCUAAAAUGAAGCUCAAUUUGUUUACAUUUUGUGGGGGGGGGGGGGAGGGGAUUUUAAAGAAGUUACAAAAAAAAAAGAGAAGAAAAGGAAAAAUCCGACAAAAAGUGUCUUGCAUGCGCUUAGAUAGUCUUUUGAUAAUCCACGUUUUGUGUCAAUCACUGUCUUUUUAGGGAUUGUACGAGGGGUAAUGAACAAAAAUGUGGUUGAUGGACUCCGGAGAAUGUGGAUCGCGAUGAAUGGUCCUGAGUGUGGGGGUUUUUGAGCAAUACGGUAGAGGAGUGGACGUUGCCUGUGGAUGUACUGCCUCCUUCUGCUUUUCACGACUAGUGUACAAACAGAACCUGCCGCUUGUCAAGCCCACCACGCCAACCCCCCUAU